AUAUUAUUAAAAAAAAUCAAACGCCAAAUUUACAAUUAAUAAUCAGCAGUAAAAUAUGGGUUAGCAGGGGAAAAUUGAAAAUAGAGAUUGAAUUUGAUCAUCGAGAAGAAGACAAUGAUGGACGCUUGGAUUCGAGCGCUGGUUGAAGCCAUACAUUCCACCCCCACUCAGGCCGUCCUUUAUCUCUCCGGCGGCGCCUCUCAGGCGCUAGGCUGGUUGAUUUCAGUGCCUGGAGCUACAAAUACGGUGCUUGAAGCUGCGGUGCCCUACUCCCGAAUGUCCAUGGUUCAAUUACUUGGCAAGAUUCCUACUCAUUAUUGUAGUCAACAAACAGCAGAGGAAAUGGCUUUAUUGGCUUAUAAUCGGGCCCUUAAGCUCUCUAGUCCUGGUUGUCCAGUUCUUGGUGUGGGUUUUACUGGUUCUCUAGCUAGCACGCAGGCUAAAGUUGGUGACCACAGAUUUCACUUGUCAACAAGAACAUCCAACAGACUUUGGGUAUCUACAGUUACUUUGUCAAAGGGUUUGCGAACUCGAGAGCAAGAAGAUACCAUUUCAAGCCAUCUCUUACUCAAGGCCGUUGCAAAUGCAUGCAAAGUCCAGGCAACAUUUGUUUCUCAUUUGACUGAAUCUGAUGUGUCUGAUGAAUUUGAAAAACAAUUUACUGAAGAUCAAGAACUGGAACAACUUAUAAAUGGACAAAUAUGCUUUAAGGUUUAUCCAUUUUCUAGUGUGACACAUACAUCAAAUGAAGAGAGAAAGAUAAUACUUUCUGGUUCUUUUAAUCCAUUGCAUGAGGGUCACCUCAAGCUCUUAGAAGUUGCGGCAAGCAUUUGUGGCAAUGGGUAUCCAUGCUUUGAAAUCUCAGCUGUCAAUGCUGACAAACCUCCAUUGUCGGUAUCACAAAUCAAAGAUCGUGUCAAGCAAUUUGAAAAAGUUGGGAAGACAGUAAUUAUUUCCAGUCAGCCUUUCUUUUACAAGAAAGCUGAGCUUUUCCCUGGUAGUGCUUUUGUAAUUGGUACAGACACAGCAGUGCUGAUUAAUCCCAAGUACUAUGAUGGUGACUGUGGGAAGAUGCUAGAGAUACUCAUCGCAUGCAAGAAUACAGGAUGCACAUUCCUUGUUGGUGGUCGUAAUGUAGAUGGUGUGUUUAAGGUUCUUGAAGACUUCGACAUUCCAGAGGUGUUAAAAGACAUGUUGGUCUCCAUACCAGCUGAACAGUUUCGCAUGGAUAUUUCCUCCACUGAAAUAAGAAAGAGGAUUGGGAUGUAAGUCUGACACAAGCAACAUUUACUUGUUUAAUGAUUCUUUUAAUGCUGAUGAUGAUGAAUCUCAUAUUAUGCAACAUACAUCUGCUGCAUGUUUAUAUAUAUAUAUAUAUAUAUAUAUAUAUAUAUAUAUAUAUUACCUGUUUACAGAUUUAGUGGAGUCGAAAUACAAUCCUAGUGGGCAGUAUCUAUACAAAAAUGAAUAAAUAACACUGGCAACAUCCAAAUACUCAA